AUGCAGUCCUCAAUCUCCAAACGCAACAUCAUUAUCACACUCCCCACCGAGGUUAUCCAGCUGCUCGCUGGGAAGGAUAACGAAUCCGAGGAGCGCGCAACUCUCGCCUGGACCUCCUCAGAGCUGCGGGUUAUUCUCUUCCCCAGGAUUGAUCCGAUGGUCAUCAUGUAUGUAGCCAUCCGGUCCCUGGACAUGAAGCAGAUCCUUCUAGCGAAGAGUAUGUUCGGCGUUGCGGGCCUCCGCAUGGGUCUCAAAUAUGCCGGCCAUCAGGACCUCCAGUGUUGGAGAAAACCAUCCGGCCCCUACACUGACGAAUUCCCUUGGUCACCGCAUACAAAAACCUACGCGAUCAUGGAGGUAAUCUUCCAGGAACGCAUGCCGCUCUUGGACCUUCUCUACGAUCAUCUCACAGAGGGGGACGAUAGCAUUCUCGCCGCAUUGAAAGUUACAAUGCCAUUUGACUGCUGGGUUAUUAUUACGAAGCCACUCAUGGAGUAUCCCACCCAGGAACAGCUCGAGGAAGCCUUCCUUGAGGCUUGCCUAUUCCAAAGCAUCGUGACCGCAAGCAUCCUCCUCGAGGUCAUGGACCACGAGCGUGGUACACACCUUUGCCUUGAUAUCAUGGAACGUGCGGUCCACAGCAUCGAUUUGAAAAUGCUCAAAAUCAUCUUUGAACUUGAUGCAUGGGCUUACAACAGAUUCCCCAUGCCCGACGCACGUGUCCAUGCGUUUUUUCCUUUGCUAUACCUCGCAAGGUGUGGCCUUAGCAACGGUGGUGACCGUAGGGCCCUACUCAAGAUGUGGCAGAAGCUGAUCAACGAAUACGCCGACAAGGAGCAAGAAGAUGCAGAGCACGCGCAGGUUCUCCAUUAUCUCGCCAAGCACGGAGCUGCCAACUACGCACGCUCUAAAGCCGCUGAGUCCUUAGCUGCCGAUCCGGAAGUGGCCAGUUCGACAUCCUCCGAGGACGAUACGGAGGAGUCCCCAAUGCAAGCUCACGAGGAUGAUCCAGGCCAGUCCCUCCCAGAGGUCCGAGAGGAUGUCACAAGCGAGUCAUCCUCAGAACACUCCGGGGAUGAAAAGGAAUCUGAGUACGAAGAAGAGCCGUCUGUCGAGGACACCUACAGACAGAUGAUCCGUGAUAUGCUGCAACCAGGCGUGAAUACUGAAGCCAUUCGCGGAAUUCGCACUCUCUCCGGAAAACAACUCGACGUCCAGGAUAUCUUCGGAAAGACGGCUUUGCAUUACGCCAUCGAAUACAAAGAGCCGAUCUUGGAGCUGCCCGGCUACGCUGUUUGCGAUGAAACAAAGUGCCUUGUACGUGCGGCAUACGGCAAGGCCGUCGAGCAGUUUCAGACACCUGUGCAGGCUGAGAGUGGAGGGGACGACUCCGAGCCUAAGAAGGAAAGAGACGACGUAAAGCUUGCUGAACGUUUGGCUAAGGUUGCGCAUGAAUUGCAGGGGCCGGAGAUGGUGGAGGAUUGA